GUGGAGGGGGACGGCUGCCUCCGAGCCGCCUGCGGGGCGCACUGCGGGGCUCAGCUUUCCGGGCCAUGAAAAGCAAGCCCGGAGCCCGGGGCUGAGAAGUGCCGGCGGGAGGAGGCGGGAGCCCCGGGCCGCUACCGGCUCCUCCCCCGGCGCCUCCGCUAUCUGGGUCAGACGCGAAGGCCGCCUCGCCGGACCUUGGGACCCGCGGGCGGCCAGGUUCCACUCCGCUAUCCUCUCCGUGCUCGCCCGCUCGCCCGGGGCCCCGCUUCCCUGGCUCCAUCCACAGAGAAGCCUGCGCAACGACUCCGGAAAUAAAGGCCAAGAAAUGCCCCAUUCUACAAACAGAGAACUAUUCCUUGGCAUCAUGGUGGGGACUGCUGGAGUCAGUUUGCUGGUCUUAUGGUAUCACAAGGUCCUCAAGCCAAGGACAACAAUGAAUUUCCCUAAACUUCUAUCUCUGGGUAAGAAAUUUGAGUCACUGACUGUGCCAGAUGAAAGCCACGGUGCACAAGGAGCAUCCGUGGUCUUUCAAAGGAGGCAACUCCAGAUCCUGGAAAAGUUAAACGAGUUACUGACCAACAUGGAAGAACUUAAGGAGGAAAUCAAAUUCCUUAAAGAGACGAUUCCAAAGCUGGAGGAAUGUAUACAAGAUGAACUUGGAGGGAAGGUAACAGUUCAUAAGAUCAGUCCUCAGCACAGAGCUAGAAAAAAGAAGGUGACAACAGUUCAACGUUCAGCAACAAGUAAUAGUUCAGAGGAAGCAGAAAGCGAAGGAGGGUAUAUUACAGCUAACACCGACACAGAAGAACAGAGCUUCCCGGUCCCUCAGGCUCUUAACACACACAUAGAGGAACUAAAGUUGGAUGUCCUCCUUCAGAAGGUAGACCAUUUGCGGAUAAAUGAGUCUAACAAAAUGGAGAGUUUUGAGCUACUUUGUGACCACAAAGAGAAGUUUAGUGAAGAAAUAGAGUUUUUGUGGCGGCUUGCCCGUGCCUAUGGAGACAUGUAUGACCUAUCUACAAAUACACAAGAAAAGAAACAUUAUGCUAAUGUUGGAAAAACUUUAGGAGAGAGAGCUAUUACCAGAGCGCCCAUGAAUGGACACUGCCAUCUGUGGUAUGCGGUUUUGUGUGGUUAUGUAUCUGAGUUUGAGGGCUUGCAAAACAAAAUUAACUGUGGACAUCUAUUCAAGAAGCAUCUAGAUAUAGCCAUCCAGCUUUUGCCUGAAGAACCUCUUUUAUAUUACCUCAAAGGAAGAUAUUGUUAUACUGUCUCAAGACUCAGCUGGAUCGAGAAGAAAAUGGCUGCUACUCUGUUUGGGGAAAUACCAUCUUCAACAGUCCAUGAAGCUUUGCACAACUUCCUUAAGACUGAAGAAUUGCAACCUGGUUAUUCUGUGUCCAACUAUAUGUAUGCAGCCAAGUGUUAUGUUGAUCUUGGGGAAUCUCAGGAGGCUUGGAAAUUCUGUAACUUGGCAUUGCUACUGCCUAUUGUCACCAAAGAGGACAAGGACGCUCAUAAAGAGGUGAAGAAAAUAAUUGGCUCUUUGAAGAGGUUCUGUCACCACUGUUGAUAACCGGACUCUACCGAACUGGACUGCUGGCGUAUCCGAGAGGUGUUUGCGAGUGGAUCCAGCUUCCUGCCGCUGCCUGCUGACCUGUGAACUGAACUGCCGAUUUCCAAACAACACAGACGGGAGUUGCUCCAGAUAACCUUUCUAAACAGGUCCACUUCCCCCUUAUCUUUUCUUUACCACUACCUCUGGUGGGUGGUGGGCAAAAGGGGAGGUUAAAGCGUUUAAGAACCAUCAUUAAAAAUAGGCAUUGAAAAAAUUCACUCGAAACUCCCCAGCGCUCACUUACAGAGGCCAGCUACUUAAAUGGAACUCUCUGUCAUCUAGAGGCCAGUUGAGGUACCAACCAAGCAUUUUCCUCUAUAGCUGGUCUAUAGGCUAGAUCGGGGAGAAAGCAAGCAGGUCACCUCCUGGCCUUUGCAGGGUCUGCAGUGCUAUCGAUAGUGACUGACAAUCUCUAAAAGGCUAAAAAGUAAUAAAAAAUGUUAAUGAUAAUAUGCAAGUUCAGGCAGGCUGUUCCAACUCGCAAUAAACGGUACAGUGUUAGCACGUAACAGACUUCACAGAAACAGCUCCACAGCUCCUCCCAACAGAAAGCUAACGUUUUGUGGCUGCCUCUUAGGAGUAUGAGAAAGAGAAACAGUGUCCUUACACAUAGAAGGGACUUGAAACUCUGGCCAUAAGACUAAAUGUUUACUAAUUUUAACAAAGUUUCUAUUGGGUCCCUGACAUCCCCACAUCUCCAGAGGGCAGGUUGGGAGCCACUGGUCAGAUAAUUCAUGUGGUAGUUUGUAGAUGAGAAGUCCUUGGUCCAACAGCAAUGCUACAUGCCCCCUUCAGUCUUUAGAGAGUUGGUGAUUUCUGGCCCAUGUGGCAGUUUCUCUCACAGAGUGUUAAUUGGAAAAAAGUCCCCCACCCCACCCCACCAUAGUCACACUUCCUAAAAUUACCAGUAAACCCAGGUUGUCCAUGCCGCCACCCCACACACUCUGGGGCACUCACAUCUGGUGUAGCUGCUCUCCAUACCAAACCAUG